GCAACACACCUUCUUCCAGCGACUCGCACACUUGUGGCAACAACAAGAGCAUCGUAGCAUCGUAUUGUCGUUCCAGUGCAGAGCAUCACUGCCGCCAUCCACGCCCGCCGGACAACCGCUCGAGUGCGGUGUGCAAGUUGUGUCUCGCAAACACAGCCCAGCAGCAGGAGCAGAGGCCAGGCGGGCGCUAGUACCCGCGGCGACAAGUUGAGGGCAGGUCUCAUCAAUCCAUUUGCGACUUCCCUCCCUCACGCCCUCCCCGUCCACCGCCCCCAACAACACCACUCUCCAUCAUCGCCACCACAGCGCUCCGCUCUCGACCUCACUGUCCACUGCUAGCCGCCCGGCGCGCUCCUUGACCCGUCGCGCAAAUGGCGGAAAUCCGUCGCAAGCUCGUCAUCGUUGGUGACGGUGCCUGUGGAAAGACCUGUCUCCUCAUCGUCUUCUCCAAGGGUACAUUCCCAGAGGUCUACGUCCCAACUGUCUUCGAGAACUAUGUCGCCGAUGUCGAAGUGGACGGCAAACACGUUGAACUAGCACUUUGGGAUACUGCGGGCCAAGAAGACUACGAUCGUCUCCGACCUCUGUCAUACCCAGACUCGCAUGUCAUUCUCAUCUGCUUCGCCAUCGACUCUCCAGAUUCGCUCGACAACGUCCAAGAGAAGUGGAUCUCAGAGGUCCUGCACUUCUGCCAGGGCCUGCCCAUCAUCCUCGUUGGCUGCAAGAAGGAUCUCCGAUACGACCAGAAGACAAUUGAAGAGCUGCACAAGACGUCGCAAAAACCAGUGACACCCGAGCAGGCUGAGGAUGUCCGCAAGAAGAUUGGUGCUCAGAAGUACCUUGAAUGCUCUGCCAAGACCAACGAAGGCGUCAGGGAAGUCUUCGAGCACGCCACACGCGCUGCUCUCCUUACACGAAAGAAGAAGGAGAAGAAGUGCUCCAUCUUGUAAACUACUCACCACAUUGCCAUACCCAGCCGAACCACUGUCUUCCGAACUGUCUUACCUACCCUGAUACCUCGAGAGAAACGACGGCAAAUUGCAGCUGCAUUACUCGGCCUUUAUAAUCUGCAGAAACGACCACAAGAGAAGCGAGCGAGCGCGAACGCAUGGAGGAGAGUGUCUAUUUUGAUGAGCCCUGUCGACGGACGGUAGGCCGGAGCACACAUGUUGCGUAGAUGACGCUUGGAGUGAGGGCCCUGGAGCAAGCGAACAGGACGUGUAAAGGGCCCGAGGGAGCGGGCAGUCCAGCUGGCCGAACCCUCGUUUACAGGUCAGCAGCGGGAGUUCUUUAGAGUCAUAUCAUGGCAAUACUGUGCUGGCGUUACUACCAGGGAAAUUGAAUGCUGUUUUCUACCA